AUGCUGGGGUCAGAGGUUACCGAUGGCCACAAGCUUGCUGCUCCACCAAACCUCACUGCUCCACCAAACCUCGCUGCCCCACCAAACCUCACUGCUCCACCAAACCUCGCUGCCCCACCAAACCUGGAUGCUCCACCAAACCUGGAUGCUCCACCAAAGCUGGAUGCUCCACCAAACCUCACUGCUCCACCAAACCUCACUGCUCCACCAAACCUCGCUGCCCCACCAAACCUCACUGCUCCACCAAACCUGGAUGCUCCACCAAACCUCACUGCUCCACCAAACCUCGCUGCCCCACCAAACCUCGCUGCCCCACCAAACCUGGAUGCUCCACCAAACCUCACUGCUCCACCAAACCUCGAUGCUCCAUCGACACUGUUGACACUGACUUGA